AUGUCCGACGCGCCGCAGGCACUGUAUGCGGCCGUGUCGUACAAGAAGGUGCCUGGCACGCUCGUGCUCGGCGCUGAUGGGCUCCUGAAAUGGCAGCCGUCGAGCAGUUCGUCGAGCGUUCCGGGCUUCAGCGUGCAGGACACGCACCUGAAAGGCCUCAAAGUCUCGAAACCGGGCGCAGCGCAAACCGCGCUGCGCCUCGAGGCAGAGUCGGGGCACACGAUUAAUGGCGAGAGCGCGGCGAUGCUUACGUUUAACGCCGAGCAGGAUGUGGCCGUGGCUGCGCGCGAGCAGUUUAAAGAGCGCCUCGCCGCGGCGAUCGCGCGUGCGCGCACUUCGCAAGAGGAGCGCAGCAGCACGCCAGCCGACACGCCGCGCACGCCGCACGGCACGGGCACGCCCGAGAUUCCCGAGGUGAAGCUUCGUGGACAGGUGCUGCUCGCGUAUCCUAGCCUGCUUGCGCUGCACAAAGAAGUGGUCGGCUCGGAAAUUUUGUCAGAUGCCGACUUUUGGGCGCAUCCCACACGCGCCGCGCUCCUGCGUUCCGAGCGUGCAAAGAUGCAGCAGCGCCAGGGCCGCAGUGCUCAGCUCGCGGACCCCAAGCCGACGCAGGGCGAGUCGGGCGAGAUGAAAAUCAACAUUACCCCGCAGCUCAUCCGCGAGCUGUUUGAACAAUACCCCGUGCUGACACGCGCCUACAACGAGAAUGUGCCGGAAAAGCUCAACGAAAGCACGUUCUGGGCGCGCUACUUUCAGUCGAAACUAUACCAUCGCCUGCGCACCUCGCAGCGCUCGGCCGCGUCGGAGCAGACGCUGCGUGACGACCCUAUUUUCGACCAGUACCUCGAAGAGGAAGACGACGGGAUCGAGCCACGCACGCCCCACAACCCCCACGACGCACUGCUCGAUCUGCAGUCUACCGCUGAGGACCACGGCGAGACAGGCAAUGUCCAGGACUGGACGAUGCGUGCGGGCUUUGACCGGCGCACGCUUCCUCUUGUGCGCCGCUUUAACAACCAUGCCAGCUCGCUCCUGCGCUCGUCCUUGGGCGAGCUGACCGACGAGGAUGCGCGCCGUGUGCGCCGCAAGACGGGCGGUGUGGACGAAGAGUACGCCAAGGAUACCGGAAAGUACUAUGAGCAAAUUGUCAUGGACGACCUGAACGAGCACCGAGAGCGCGGCGGACGCCGCCUCGAGAUCCACGACCAAAAAGCGUACUUCGAGGCGGGCGCGGAGGAUGCGGCGAUGCAAGAUAUAAGUGCGCCCGAUGCCAAGGCCACUGCAGCGCGCUUCGACGGGCAGCUGCAGCAGUGGAAGCUCGACAUUCGUACGUUUGAGCCGCCCGGCGAGACGAUGCGCGUCUCUCUCGACGAUAUGCUCGACAACAUGGAGCAGCAAAAAGAGCAGCACCCCGGCAACACGCUUGCAGAGCUUCCCGGUGAUGUACACAAGCAGCUCAUCUCGUGCCAUGCGGCUACCGACGAGUUUCUGCAGCAGUUUUGGCAGUCGAUCUCGCCGUCGCUCGAGGGCCGCGGCGGUACCGCGCCGACGCUCCCCGAGCGUGCCAGGAAAGCAAAGCAGAUGCUCCAGGUCCUUGCACGGACGGAUGCGCGUAUGGAGAGCAUUGCCGACGCUGCCGAUGCGGUGCUCCCUGGCACAGGGCCGCUACGCGCCAAGCCGUAG